AUGGCGCACGCCCCAGAAGCUUUGGCCUCACCAGUCGACACACCACACCAACCCAAGAUAGGCCCGAGAACCAAGACGCCUAGCACAGCUAGCAGUAGCCGACAGUCAAGCACUCGCAAAAGGGAUCGCGUACUUGCUGGCCGGAUACAGAAGCAAAGGAGGAGCAUUAGCUCACCUCUAAUAAACGAGUCGCUGGAAGACUACGACUACGAUGAGGGCUCCAGCAGGCUCGACGAGGUGGAGAGGGAGCUCGAGGCGGAUCGGUACGAGGAGAUGAUGCAGGAGAAGGCACUAUUCCCAGGCAGCGGCGAAUGGGCUCCGGAUGAGGAGGAGCUCUUUCGGAUUCUCUUCAUGAGACAAUAUAGUCCCCUCCUACCACCCCACUGGAGUUUCGACUUUCGAGGUAUUCCGGUACCUGACAUCUUGUUCUCUACGUCUGAAGUCGAUGAGCCGGUGGUGUACUCGUGGUCGGGCCAAGAUUUUCGUGCGACCAAAGCAGUUAUUCGCCUGAUUGACCUCACAACUGUUGUCAGAGCCUUGGUCCAGACGGGCCAAAAGGCCAAAAUACCGGCAUCCAUCCAGAAGGAGGUUGACCAGUACCUAAAAUGGGCCGCGAAGGAUGGGGGUUACGAUAACAUCGACAUUCUCCCCAACAUUUUCGUUGAAGUCGUCGAUGUGAACCUUGGAGGCACGGGGAUUUCGAAUUAUAUGCAGUCGCAGCUGAGGGACUUGGCGCGCUCGCAUCGAAGGUUCUGGAUUAAGCGGAAGAAGGAAGCAGGAGGGGGUGAUGAGGAGGACGAGACGAUGGCGGACGCUCAGGAGCCUAACUUCACGACUCAACCACCUGUGCUUUACGGGCUCUUCAUCGUUAACACGACUCUUCUUGUUCUGACGAUCGACCCUACGAAAGGAGAGGACGCGCAGGUCAGUUACCAGGUCGAAGUGAAUUUCAACAAGAAGAACCAGGGGGUGUGGAAUGCGAUGACGGUAGCCAUCGUGGGUUGUCAGGCGAGGAACGAUACGAUCUGGAGAAAGCAGUACUAUGCGGGUCGUCUUAAAGGGUGA